CUGUCAACAUUAUAGCUUAGCGAUGCCGUCCCUGGCACCCGUGUUGUGGCACUCACAGUGGCCCUCGACCUCUGUUACCGAGGCAGUGCCGCUGCUGGCAGGAUUACCUGUCCGGGACCAAACGUUGCCAGAAAUUACGCCUCAGAUGUUCAAUAGUGUAGACGUGACCAAGUCUAAUGGCAGUAUACCAAUCUUGCGCCUGUCAAUACCAAUCCUGACGGUCACUCCUACUUCUCUAGACAGUCAUUUUUAUUAUGCGCCAGCAAAUGUGACCGACAAUGACAGCUAUGAAAGCUCUCUUGUAAAUAGUUAUCCCGAAUCGCUCUUAAGUAACAAGACAUGCUUUAAUGGAAGUGAAGUUUGGAACUGUACGGAAACUACGAGAAGUGAAGAUGGGGUAACGAUGCUGUGGUUGCUGGUGCUGUUGGUGUUCCCGGUACUCACGGUGUUUGGUAAUGUGCUCGUUAUUCUCUCAGUGUACAAGGAACGAUCGCUCAGGUCAGCCACAAAUUAUUUCAUCGUCAACCUCGCCAUCGCUGACCUCCUCGUUGCCGUCUUCGUCAUGCCGCUCGCGUUGGUUCAUAUGCUAGGCGACAUGGACAAACUGACGUGCAACUUAUGGAUCGGCCUGGACGUGAUCUGCUCGACGUCUUCCAUUUUCAGCCUCGUCGCCAUUAGUGUGGACAGAUACAUCGCCGUGACUAAGCCGAUAGCGUACAUCCAGCACAAGAAGGAGGGAAGGAUCAUCACUACCAUCGUACUCAUCUGGGUGACGUCAUCAAUGAUCGGCGUGCCUGCGAUGAUCAUCAAUGAUCCCCAGAAGAGCGAAGACCCCCAGACGGUCGGCGAGCCUCAGGAGGGCGACUGCGGCUUCUCCGAGCACGAGUUCGUGAUCGUGUCGUCGAUAUUCUCUUUCUUCCUACCGUGCUUCGUCAUGAUAUAUCUCUACUUUGAGAUUUUUAAGGCAAUCCGAGACCGCGCCAAGAAGACCGUGACGAAGCGUCCCCGACAGAACCAGACGCUGCCCCCAGACGUGCUUAACACCACCGUCAUCGAGAACGUCGCGCAGACACGCAGGCUCAACGAAGUUCAGCUUAGCGAAAUGCAACGGAGCUCCACAGUCGACAUCAAAAACACGGAUGUUAAUGAAGACAGCCUGCAGAUACCUGAUAACCUCGUUGAUGAAGAUCGGCCUACGAAUAACACAUCUAAUAGCCAGGAGGACGACUUCGAAGACGAAGAAGCAGUUUUGUCAGGCGAAGACAACUGCUACGUCAUCGAAAACCCUAAAUCUGAAGAAGUCGUGCCAAUCAAGGAAGAAAAAAGUGACAGCAGCGGUGGUACCUCAGGGGGCAGCGCUGCGUCCAAGAACGGAGUGGCUGUUGGGGAGGAGGGCAAGCCUUCGAGAGGGGAACGCAGCGCGGGACCGAGGCAGGCCCUCGUGCUGCACCACAAUAAGAGGGUCUUGAUCAGGCAGGAUCGCAACGGCUCGGGAGGCUCGGCAGCUUGCAGCGAGGGCGCUACGAGGGCACUCAGCAGCGCUGCGUCCGAGGGUAGACGCGACCAAGAAACUGGUGAUUUACUAAGCAAGAAAGAGCGCAAGGCAGCCGCUGCUAGGUUCACCAUUUAUAAAGUUAAUAAGGCCAGUAAGAAGAAGAGGGAGAAAUCUUCAGCAAGAAAGGAAAGGAAGACCACCAUAACCCUGGCUGUGGUGCUUGGAGUAUUUUUGCUGUGCUGGGCUCCGUUCUUCGUAUGGAACAGCGUGGCCGCCUGGUACAAGGUCUUCGAUAAGUCCAACUCCAGUAGUGUGUUCGAUGAGGGCGCCCCGUUCCUCAUCACCACAUGGAUCGGUUACAUAAAUUCUUUCCUCAACCCUGUCAUUUAUACCAUCUUCAAUCCCGAGUUCCGGAAAGCGUUUGAGAAAAUAUUGACGGGUUGCUGUAGCCCGUAAAUAAAAUCGAUGAUCCAAACCUGCUCUGCGAUCUGUCUGUUUAUUUUUCAGUCUUCUCAUUAAUUGA